AUGCUGCGUCGCUUCCUUUUAGGUGUCGCUGCUCUGACUAGCUUCGCCAUCGCCGCACCAGCCACUGAGCUAGUUACCCAUGCUGUCGAGGUUCGCCUUCACAGUAAGCGCUCAAGUAUUGAGAGUCAGGGGAAACCUGUGUUGGAAGGACUUGAGCGUCGUUCCAUUUAUGAGAAGAAGGGAUCUUGGUUCCUUCUUGUUAACGCAACCCCUUGGAAUAUGACUUUGACCAAAACCUCGAGCUAUCAGAUGAAUAUCUGGAAGUUCCCCAAAACCAUUAAACCCGGCACGUCUAAUAGAAUCUACAUUCAAGGCCGGGGCCACAUAGACGACGGUGGUGAAGCAAGCUACCAAUUCAAAGACCUGCCCGGCCGUCCCGAGUUCGAGUUUCGAUACUCGGGUAAGUUGGGAGUUAAUAGAAUCCCCGGUGCUGGUAUCCGGUUCACAAGCCUUGAAACUCUCAACAACAAGCCCGGCUCGUUCCGCAAGUUGCGAUGGCAUAGGAACAAUAACAUUCCCUUUAUCAUUGCCAGCUCUGAGACGGAUCCUCACAACCCUUCCAUUGUACCAUGGCUUGUUUCAACCAGUCCCCCUAUAGACUGGAUGCACGCCACCUACCCCAGGAUCUCAUGUCUCACACUCCGGGAGCUGGCUAUGCCCGGAACACACCAUUCAGGCAUGUCCCGUUUUAAUCGGAGAUCGGGGCUUGGUUUACCCUCGAACACUAUGGCACAAGAGCUCAACGUUACAAUGCAGCUGAAGUUCGGUGUUCGCUGGCUUGACGUUCGUCCGUCCAAGACUGCUGGCGGGUGGGCAGCUGGCCACUACUCGUUCUCCCAUGGCAACUGGCAUGGCGGCAAUGGCGAGUGGCUCGAUGACAUUGUUGACAGCUUGAACAGGUUUACCGAGAACAACAAAGAGCUUAUCAUCAUGAAACUUGACCACGGGUUGAACUCGGACACCUUCAGGGGUAAGAAAAACGCACGCAUGACCCAGGAAGAAUGGGAACAAGUGAUGAAGAAGCUGGAGAGGAUCAACUACCGUGUCGAGAACCGGGGCCACGAAGUGGAUCUUUCGCGACUCCAGGUCUCUGAAUUUAUCCAAGACCAUGCAGCCGUUAUCAUUGUUAUAGACGACAGAGUCUACAAGACAAAAGCCAGAGUCGACCUUUCUGCCUUCGCAGACAAGGGAUUCUUCCGACGAGACCAACUCCCUCUGUAUGACAAAUACGCCAAAACAAGCAACCAGAACAAGAUGAUCAAGGAUCAGUUGACCAAGAUGAGAGAACAACGAUUUUCCUCAGACUCGUCCAUGUUUCUGCUCUCAUGGACCUUGACCCAGCGUCUUCACAGCGUUAUUGGGAAUGCCAAGCAUGCUAACCGCGCCCUCAUUGAGUUGCUCUGGCCGGCCAUGUCUCCGUCGACGUAUCCCAACAUUAUCGGCGUGGAUGCUUAUCCUGCUAAUAGGGACCUUGCCGCGCUAGCCAUGGCAAUUAACUAUCACUUUGCACCGCGUUGCUGA